CCUACUCGUGCAGUAGGUACAUUAAAAAAACUGUAUCACUGUGCCGACAUUCCACAAUUUUAUUAUUGAUUGUUAUUUCUCGUUAAAAACUCUUAUCAAUUUUCUGGAUAUUAAUAAUAUUAAUAAAAUCGUGUUAAUUGUUCGACACAUCGUCGUUUGCGUAGUUGCCAUGUAAUGGGGUUUAUUAUAUCGAGGCAUUGUUAAAAGUAGUGUAACGUGAUUAUUAAAUUAUUGAACACAUAAUUAAAAAUUAAUGUUUAUCAACAAAUUUUAAUUGCAAAAUGCAAUCAAAACUACGUUUUUGUUGGAUACGUAAGCAAUUUCAAUUGGUAACCUUCGCAGGAGCGUAUUGUUGUUAAAUGAAAAGUUUCCUGUUGAAGUUUUUUAAAUAAAUCUAACAGUAUACUUGGCAACCGGAGGACUCUAUAAUUUUUGGGUAGUUUAUUACUAGUGCAGACAGGCAAGUCGAUUUAAACUUAAGGGUGCAGUGUCUGUGUCAGUAUCUUCGUGACUGGACUUGGUUCUUAGUGCUGCUGGUGAGCAAGAAGAUGUUUGUAUUACUUAUAAUAUCUGUUUUGGGGAGAGUGUUAGCCGAUCCCAAUGUGGACAUCACAACAGAAACGGUCGCAUCUCAAAUCGACUCAACCGUUUCAUCGGGCUUUUCCAACUUUACUGAGGGAAUAACAUCUACAAAUGAUGGACAGACACAACGGAGUGGCCUGGACGGCAACUUAUCGCUCGCGAAUACAUCCCAGGAUAGCGUGGAAUACCCAAACGAUAAUCCUUUCGGCAAGAACGAAACAACUGAACAAAAUACACCCGAAGUGUAUCAAAACGAUGAAAAAGCAGAACUCAACAAUGACGAUGAGCUUCAUAAAUCAACUGAUGGUACCACCACAACAGAAGAGGAAGGUGAACACAUAGACUGGCUCGAUAACGGAAACGACGAAUUUACGACUGAUUCUGAACUACCAGGUGAAAAUUUCAAUGAUACAGUAGAUGGCACAUUCAAUGGCUCGGAUAAUGAAACCGCUGAAGGCGUUUUCGACAAUAGUGAUAAUACAGACGGUCCAUUUGAUGGCAUAGACGAGAGUUUAUUCAAUACCUCAAACAACGAGACAGCAGACGACAUAUUCAACAAUUCACAUACUGCGACAGCUGAAGAUGUAUUUAAUAAGCUGAAUCAUGACAUCUUCAACGACACCUUUAACAUUCCAACUAACGAAACUUCUUCACCGUCAAGCACAAAUCUAUCAGGAAUUUUGCAAGCGUGGCUCUCCGAACGGGCGAAUGUAACGAGCGAACCGUAUCCAAUGCCUGUCACCAAACCGUACUUGGGACCCAUCGGAGACGGGUCCUUAUUUUUAGGUGCGCUGACCAACGGCCAAGGAGACGUAUGCAUCUCGCUCAACAUCUCCAUGCAACCCGUCUUGAACGGCACACCUCUUCAACUUUCGCACUCCCAUGGAAGUACAGAGAGUUACGCAAUGAAUAACGGAAGCAUUGCGUUCCACGCAACCGAUAACGAUAAAGCCUACAAUGUCACAACCGAAUUUCUUAUCCAUUGUUACGAAAAAUCGUGCGGCGUUGAGUUGGUCAGUGUUGACGUACGCAAUUCCACAAACCGACAAGCUGUGGUCCUUCACACCGAUCUGUCCAUCAGCGUAAACUUGGGAACCACCUUCGAAGAUAUCAGUAAAAGAACGCUAAACGUGACGGAUGAGAUCCAAUUAGAAAUUAGUUACAUUUCGGUUUUCGUUUCUGAAAAUUGCGGUAAACUUUUAACCGCAGGAAACUUUUUUGUACGCCAUUACGUGGAGAUCACAUGUGGAGUGGGAGUUUUAGUAAUAGCCGCGUGCCUCACCUUCUUUAUUCUUAGGAAAAUUCAAAGAAGAAAGAAGAAUAGUUUUGAUACUAUGAUGUAGUUAAAUUUAAUGAAGGUUAUUUAUUCAUUUUUGUAUAGUUUUAUGAGAACUUUUCAAAAUAAUUCCGUUUUACUUGUCUUUUUGCUUCUCCAAAAGGACGGAAUUUUUUUAAAUAAAUUACCAGUAGGAAGAAAUGGCGGUUAGUAUUGGUAUGUGCACAUAACGUAUCCGAAAUGACGUAUUCUAGGUAAAAUACGCAUCCCCUAAAUAUUAAUUUCCGAAAAACUAACAAAAAAACAUAAAAAGGCGUUCGAUUUCUAAAAUUAAACCCUCCUUGCACUAAUUGCACAGGGUCUCACUUUAUCUUAUUCUUUGAUUCCACUAGCAAGCAUACAAAUCUACCUUCUGGUUCAGAUGUUUUGUUUGUAGGGUUCGUUCCAUUAUCCUUCAGGUUCUUCUCGCCUUCUCCUUGUCUUUUGCGAACACUAGUUUUUUUCGGAUCUAGCGAAUCCCUCAGAUGUUGCCUCCUCUCCUCUCUUAGUUGCAAUAUUACACUACAUCGGGUUUAGCCAAAAGGAUCGGCUGCUUCUAGAAUCAUUUACAUCAGAUAGAAGUCAAAGGGUAUUUAUAGACGGAAAAACAUCACAAUCCCUGGCACUUACUAGAGGAGUUCCACAAGGAUCUAUAUUAGGGCCGCUGCUUUACACAGUUUAUACCUCCCAGUUUCAUAAGGUAAUUCGUUUUUGCAAAAGUCACUUUUUUGCUGACGACACGCAACUACUGACUUCUUUUUCUCCUAAUCAAAUGGCAGAUG